AUGUUGGACAAACUCCAACUCAGGGGAGGAGAGACCCCAUGCUCUGGACGAGUUGAGAUCUGGCAUAAUGGCUCCUGGGGGACAGUAUGUGAUGACUUCUGGGAGCUAGCAGAUGCUAACGUGGUUUGUCAGCAGCUGGGCUGUGGCUCUGCUCUGGCUGCUCUGGGAGAGUCUGAAUUGGACCCAGGAGAUGGGCCCAUCUGGUUGGAUAAUGUAGAGUGCAGAGGGACAGAGUCCUUUCUGUGGGAUUGCCCUGCAGAGCCGUGGGGGCAGAAUGACUGUGAUCAUGAUGAGGAUGCUGGUGUGAUGUGCUCAGGAUUUGUCAAGCUGGUGGCAGGGGAUGGGCCCUGUAAUGGCAGGGUAGAAGUCAGUCCUGGAACAAAACAGAGCACAGUCUGUGAUUGGAAUUUUACUCUUUCUACUGCCAAAGUCAUCUGUGCUGAGUUACAGUGUGGGACUGCAGUCUCCAUCAUGAAAGGAGCUCACUUUGGAAGAGGAAAUGGACCCAUCUGGGACAAAGAAUUCCAAUGUAAUGGAAGUGAGCGGUCUCUGCUAUUGUGCCCCACAGUACCACUCCCACAGGGAAAAUGCAGUCACAGCAUGGAUGUCGGAGUCAUUUGUUCAAGGUACACAGACUUUGGUCUGAUGAAUGGAAGCUCCCAAUGUGAAGGAAGAGUGGAGAUCCAAGUUUUGGGGACCUGGAGAAGUCUCUGUGACUCCCACUGGGAUCUGGCAGAUGCCAAUGUUCUCUGCCAUCAGCUCAGCUGUGGUGUUGCCAUGAAGCCUCCAGAAGAUGUACACUUUGGCAAAGGAAGUGUCCAGAUCAUAGGGGAUACAUUUUAUUGCUCAGGGACUGAGUCUCAUUUGUGGGAUUGUCCUGUGACUCUGCUGGGGACUUCUCCAUGUUCCAAAGGAAAAGUUGCCUCUGUGGUCUGCUCAGGAAACCAGACUCAGUCCCUCAUGUUCAAUAAUUCACAGUCUGACCAGGAAAAGGCACCUGUCCUAUUUUCAGAAGAUGGACAGCUUCGUCUGUUGAAUGGAAGAGGUCCCUGCUCUGGAAGAGUUGAAGUCUAUUACAAUGGUACCUGGGGGACCAUCUGUGAUGAUUCUUGGGACCUGAGUGAUGCCCACGUGGUGUGCAGGCAGCUGGGCUGUGGAGUAGCCCUCGAAGCCAUGGUCUCUGCUCACUUUGGACAAGGAUCAGGCCCCAUCUGGCUGGAUGAGCUUAACUGCUCUGGCAAUGAAUCCCACCUAGGGGAGUGCCCUUCCCUCCACUGGGGUCAGCAUGACUGCAGGCACAAAGAGGAUGCGGGAGUCCUCUGCUCAGAAUCCCUGGAUCUCAGGCUGGUGAGUGAGGACCAUAAGUGCUCUGGUUGGCUUGAGGUUUUCUACAAUGGAACAUGGGGUAGUGUUUGCUCCAACUCCAUGGACGACAAUACUGUAUCAGUGAUUUGCAGACACCUGAGUUGUGGUGCCAAGGGGAAUAUUGAAACAUUAUUUAGUGCCAGAAAAGGUUUGCAGGCCAGUUGGAUAGACAAAAUCAACUGCCAAGGUCGAGAAUCUUUCCUCUGGCAUUGUCCUUCUCAAUCUUGGGACCAGAAUUCUUGCCAGCAAGAAGAGGAAGCCUUUAUCACAUGUGAAGGAAGGAAGGUCCUUGACUGCCCAGCCCCUGGUCACUGCACAGACAAAGACAAACUGCGACUCAGGGGAGGAGAGACCCCAUGCUCUGGACGAGUGGAGAUCUGGCACAAUGGCUCCUGGGGGACAGUGUGUGGUGACUCAUGGGACCUAGCAGAUGCUCAUGUGGUUUGUCAGCAGCUGGGCUGUGGCUUUGUUCUGCCUACCCUGGAAUGGUCUGCAUUUGGCCCAGGAAAUGGGACCAUCUGGUUGGAUGACGUACAGUGCACAGGGAAGGAGUCCACUCUGUGGGAUUGCCCUGCAAGGCCCUGGGGACACAAUGACUGUAAGCAUGAGCAGGAUGCUGGUGUCAUGUGCUCAGGAUUUGUCAAGCUGGUGGUGGGGGAUGGGCCCUGUCUUGGUUGGGUAGAAGUCUAUUCUGAAACAAAAUGGAGCACAGUCUGUGACUGGAAUUUUACUCUUUCUACUGCCAAAGUCAUCUGUUCUCAUUUAGAGUGUGGGACUGCAGUCUCCAUCAUGGAAAGAGAUCACUUUGGAAAAAGAAAUGGACCCAUCUGGGAUAAAGAAUUCUAAUGUAAUGGAAGUGAGCGGUCUCUGCUAUUGUGCCCCAUGGUAUCACUUCCACAGGGAAAAUGCAGUCACAGCAUGGAUGUUGGAGUCAUUUGUUCAAGGUACACAGACUUUCGUCUGAUGAAUGGAAGCUCCCAAUGUGAAGGAAGAGUGGAGAUCCAAGUGUUGGGGACCAGGAGAACUCUUUGUGACUCCCACUGGGAUCUGGCAGAUGCCAACGUUCUAUGCCAUCAGCUCAAAGGUGGUGUUGCUAUGAGGCCUCCAGAAGAUGUACACUUUGGCCAAGGAAGUCUCCAGAUCAUAGGGGAUACAUUUUACUGCUCAGGGACUGAGUCUCAUUUACAGAAUUGUUCUGUGACUAUUCUGGGGACUUCUCCAAGUUCCAAAGGAAAAGUUGCCUCUGUGGUCUGCUCAGAAAAUGGACAGCUUCGUCUGUUGAAUGGAAGAGGUCCCUGCUCUGGAAGAGGUACCUGGGGGACCAUCUGUGACGAUUCUUGGGACCUGAGUGAUGCCCACGUGGUGUGCAGGCAGCUGGGCUGUGGAGUGGCCCUCGAAGCCAUGGUCUCUGCUCACUUUGGACAAGGAUCAGGCCCCAUCUGGCUGGAUGAGCUCAGCUGCUCUGGAAAUGAAUCCCACCUAGGGGAGUGACCUUCCCUCCACUGGGGUCAGCAUGACUGCAGACACAAAGAGGAUGUGGGAGUCCUCUGCUCAGCAUCCCUGAAUCUCAGGCCGGUGAGUGAGGACCAUAAAUGCUCUGGUUGGCUUGAGGUUUUCUACAAUGGAACAUGGGGUAGUGUUUGUUCAUUCAUUGAUGACAAUACCGUAUCAGCGAUUUGUAGACACCUACGUUGUGGUGCCAAGGGGUGUAUGGAACUAUUUUCUAGCCCCCAAAAAGGUUCGCAGACCAGGUGGAUAGACCAAAUCAAGUGCCAAGGUCAAGAAUCCCUCCUCUGGCAUUGUCCUUCUAAAUCUUGGGAUCAGAACUCUUGCCAGCAGGAAGAGGAAGCCUUUAUCACAUGUGAAGAAAGGAAGGUCCUUGACUACCCAACCCCUGGUCACUGCACAGACAAAGACAGACUGCGACUCGGGAGGAGAGAGCCAAUGCUCUGGACGAGUGGAGAUCUGGCACAAUGGCUCCUGGAGGAUGUGAUGACUCAUGGGACCUAG